AUGCCUUUCAUUUUUCGGUCUUCUGAAGCACCAGCUGAUUCUUCGAACUUUCUGUCCGCUAAGUCACCUCUGCCAAGUCCUGAACCUGAUGAUGUUGCCUCUCUCAAUUCAGUGGUGUCUAACUCUUCAGUUGAUCCGCUAACAGUGGUCCCCCCUAUCACAAGAAAACAUUCAACCUCCGUCACCUCAAAGCUUAAAGGGCUGUUUCGCAGCUCUUCCACUUCGUCAGUUCAUUCCUUACCAGCUGCAGAUAAAUCAACCCCCCAAUUAGCUCCUUUAUCUGCAUCUCCACCUGCAUCAUAUCACACAUCUGUUACAUCAAGGGUCCCCGCCUCACUGAAAAGGAAUUCAUCAGUUGGUUCAGUGAAUGGUGGUAGGCAUAGUCUUUCCACUUUAGAGACGAAAUCAGAUGACCAAGUCUCACCUUUGGGCUCCCCAGACUUGAAAGUGCAUUCACCUGAAACUGACCCUCGUACUAAGUUAAAACUUCCCGUACCUCAAACGAUUGUUGAAAAUGACUUAGAUGAAAUAAUGGACACUGUUGAAGAGUUGAAGUUGGAUCCAGGCCGCAAAACACCACCUAUGAUUCGUAGUGAAUCCAACUCCUCAACAACCAGCCAGCCUCAGCACCGUGGCCGCAGACGUUUAUCACGUAUUUUUUCAAGGGAGAGCGACUCUGACUGGGAUCACUCAGCUGUAAGGUCUAGGUCGCCUUCCCUAAUUCAUUCGCCAUCCACUUCACGAAGAUCGUCUCUAAGUGUAAGUCUGGCUGCUCUAGAUCAUAAGCCAGUAAAUGUGGGCAAUAAGAAUUUCAAGAAGGAGGGUUCGCUGAUCACCUUUCUAGAUGGGUCCAAACAUAAGCAUGAUUUCAUUAAAUUAAAGAAACUUCCCACCAAAUCGUUGAAUGUCGGAUUUUUUACCAUGCUAGGGGGCGCUAAGAAAGGUGAAGCAUCGUCUACCGAUGCAUGUGUAGAGAAUUCAAUAAGUCUUCUACCAGACGAAUAUUCCAAGCGGUUGAUUGAACUCAAGUCAAUUCCCGAAAACUAUAUUUGGAAUUACGAGGAGUUGAUAGAGGAUGACGAAAAUGAAUCUGAUUCAUCCAGCGCAGCCCCUUCGUCGUCUUCAUCCGAGGACGAGGAAAUCGACCCUAUUAUUACAACUGCAUUAUCAAACACCAUUCAAAAACUUGUGGAAAGGAUAUCUCAUCCUGCUUCACUACAAGCGAAUCUGAUUGAACAAUCCGAUGGAAAGCAGAAACUGUACGAAAAGUAUGGUCGGAUUCAAGGACUGAUUGGUAAAGGUUCCUACGGUACAGUUAAACUGUGUAUGCGCUCCUCUGCUGACCCUAAGAAGCCCAAUCUAAUUUUUGCUGUUAAACAACUAAAGAAGAGGCCAGAUGAAACAGAUGAGCAUUUUGGUAAAAGAGUUACCUCUGAGUUCAUGAUCUCUUCGUCUCUAACCCAUGAAGCUAUUAUAAAUACCUAUGAUCUAAUGGUUGAUCCUCAGUCACUGACCUACUCUCAAGUCAUGGAGUUCAUUCCUUGUGGUGAUCUCUACUCAUAUAUUUUAUCUACCAAUGGUGAGGGUCUUCCAAUAAUAGAAGCAGAUUGUUUUUUCAAACAGAUACUCAAUGCUCUCACUUAUAUACACUCUGUUGGAAUUGCUCACAACGAUCUUAAAGUGGAGAAUCUAUUGCUAACAGCUUACGGACAGUUAAAAAUUAUUGAUUUUGGUACUGCGACGGUGGUAAAAGCUGAGUGGAAUGAUGAGGUACAAUUAUCUCAUGGGGCCUGUGGUUCUGAGCCGUAUGUCGCACCUGAAGAAUAUACUGAUCAAGAAUAUGACCCCAGAUAUUGUGAUAUCUGGUCCCUGGGAAUAAUAUAUCUAGCAAUGGCCACUGGUGGCUACUGCUGGGGAAUUGCCAAAGAAUCAGACGAAAGAUACGCUGACUAUUUAAAGAAUAGAGCAAUUUAUGAUUACACAAAGAGAUCCGAAACCAAUCCAACUUUACCAAAGAAGAUAAGAAAUGGUACUUUUCCUCAAAUUGAGGAGUUUGCCAAAAAGAGUACCUCUUUCAACAACAGAAAGUAUGUUUUGUACAAUAUUCUCAAUCCAGACCCAAAGACGAGAAUAAAAAUUGAAAAUAUUUGGAGAAGUGGAUGGGUUCGAAAUAUUGAAUUAUGUGAUGCAGGAAAAGGAUUGGUUGAUUGUCAUGGUCUUGAAAUUUAUCAACCACAAACAGUUUGA